AUGCUGCUAGGCUUCUCUGCUGGCCCUGCUGGGUACAGGAAGCAUGUCCCAGCUACACUGAUGUUCUCUGGGAGAAAGAAUAGCCUGAGGAGGGUGGGGCCUGUGGCUGGAGGACGGGAGGACCAGGGACGGGGUACAGGGGUCUUUGGAAGAGAAGGGUAGAUUUGUGGUGGAUGGGGGGAUGUGAUGCUAAACGAUACCCGAUCAUGUUGUCUUCAGAGAUAUCCUUCAUUUGAUGACACACUUUUAAGUGUCUCUCCUUUUUAUCAUCCGUCAGUAAAAGCUCUUUCUGCUGUACUGCUGGGAGCCGGAACCUUCUCCGUCUUAGUGCAUUAACAUUUAUUACAGCGCUCUUGUUGCUCUUUGAAAUGUUCCAUAGUCAGAUUUUCUAAAUCUCUCUCUCUCUCUCUCGCACUCUCUAUCUCUCCCUCUCUCUCUUUCCUGUAAUUUCAGCGCUGGCCAUCACAGCCCAGGUUAUUCCGUCCAGAGGGCUCCAUGUCCAACCUUCUGAGCUUGUACACGUCUCCCUCCUUACCCAACAUCACCCUGGGCCUCUCCGCCACCUCCUCCCAGAUCAGUGUGAGUAGCCACCAUGACCUGAUCCUGGCUAGCUAGUACCAGCAAACAUGACCUGAUCCUGGUUAGCUAGUACAACCAGCUAGCAUGACCUGAUUCUGGUUAGCUAGUACAACCAGCCACCAUGACCUGAUCCUGGCUAGCUAGUACAACCAGCCACCAUGACCUGAUCCUGGCUAGCUAGUACAACCAGCCACCAUGACCUGAUCCUGGCUAGCUAGUACAACCAGCUACCAUGACCUGAUCCUGGCUAGCUAGUACAACCAGCCACCAUGACCUGAUCCUGGCUAGCUAGUACAACCAGCCACCAUGACCUGAUCCUGGCUAGCUAGUACAGCCAGCCACCAUGUCCUGAUCCUGGCUAGCUAGUACAGCCAGCCACCAUGACCAGGUCCUGGUUAGCUAGUAUAACCAGCCACCAUGACCUGAUCCUGGUUAGCUAGUACAACCAGCCACCAUGACCUGGUCCUGAUCCUGGAUAGCUAGUACAACCAGCCACCAUGACCUGAUCCUGGCUAGCUAGUUCAACCAGCCACCAUGACCUGAUCCUGGUUAGCUAGGUGGCUAGCUUUUACACCUUCUCUCAAACAGGUUAACAGAGAGAGGAUUUCUCAUUUGUUAUGUAGAUAGAUAUGAACUAGUCUUUACUUUGUAGAACAACAUUCUGUAACACUUUCAACUGAACCACUUUUGUAAUACAUAGCCAGGUGGUUCAAAUGAGGUUUUACCCGACAAUUUCCUAGAUAACAAAGUCAGGUUUUCCCUGAAAAACAAAGGGAAGUGUAGUCUGAGAGACGUUCUCUGCCUGGUAUGGCUGUUGAAAGACUUGGCAUCAGUGGCUGUCAGGAUUAUACAUAUGGCAGCAGGGCAGCGACCUUUAACCCCAGAUUAUUUUAUUCCCCUUAGAUAAAUAUUGUUGUUAAGAGUCUGGUGUCAGGCUUCCUCUUAUCUCUCUCUAUGACCUCAUUAAUCACAGCUUUUUAAAACGUCCCAGCGGCCUGCUGCCCGCUGCCCGCCCGCUCGAGUACAGCUAGCUCCAGUCCAGAUAAGGGCCAAAGCAGUGCAUGAUACAUCACUUUUAGCUCCCUGACACAUUCCUUACAUUGAGACCUGUCUGGUACAUCAGCUGGAUAUAAAGAGUGUAACCAUUUGAAGAAGUGAUUGUCGAAAACAAAAUUAUUUCAAGUGUUUCUGCCCAAUAAUGUAGAAAAAAAACCUGAUUGCACAAAAUGACAACUCUUCUCAGUUUAAAAAAAAUGAAAACGUAAUAGAAUGCAUAGAGCCACCAUUAUAUUCUGUGAACUUUAGUCCCCAGUUCUAAUUCUAAGCCCCUGCUCUGUGUGUCUCUGUGUUUUCUCAGGCUGCCAUUGGGCUGAAGGAGAAGACUGGGGAGGUCAGGCAUGGUUUACCAGGGCAGCUCCUGGGGCCUGUGCCCAUGCCCACAGUGACCUCCAUGGAGACCAAGGUGUCCCCCAGCCAUCAGGCCCUGCUCCAACACCUCCUCCAGAAGGAACAGAUGAGACGACAGAAGAUCCUCUCCUCCUCUGGUGAGUCCUUAUCCUUACACUGAGACAGACUUAAACCUAGAUGUAGGGCCCGUUUCCCGGACAUUGAUUAAGCCUAGUCUUGGACUAAAAAGCAUACUCAAUGGAAUAUCACAGUGGAACUUUUUAGUCCAAGACUACAGUCUGACCGGGUUACUAGGCUAUAGAAUUACACCACUUUGAAUGGGAGAGAUAUUGAAUUAUUAAAUAUUGCUUAUAAUUAGUUGAAGAAGUGGUCAUGAAGAUCAUGAAUUAAAUGAGUUGGAAUUACUGUAGAUUUAGAAAGUAGAAUCUUAGUGCCGCCGUCUCGCCCCUCCAGGUCAAGGCUCCAUGCCCGCCCACCCCCACUCCCCCCUGGCCAUGAAGGACAGGCCCUCCGCCAACAGCAGGCCCAAGCUGCCCAAGCACCGGCCCCUGAACCGGACCCAGUCAGCCCCUCUGCCCCAGAGCACCCUGGCUCAGCUGGUCAUCCAGCAGCAACACCAGCACUUCCUGGAGAAGCAGAAACAGUACCAACAGCAGAUCCACAUCAAUAAGGUAAGAAACAGUACCAACAGCAGAUCCACAUCAAUAAGGUAAGAAACAGUACCAGCAGCAGAUCCUGUAUUCAUAAAGCCUCUCAGAGUAGGAGUGCGUAUCUAGGAUCAGGUCCCCCCUGUCCGUUCAUUAUGAUCUAAAAAACAAAACUGAUCCACAUCAAUAAGGUAACUGGACUGACCUUUACUGUACUUUUGCUGUACACUAAAAUCCCCAGAGAGUAACUUGACCCCAAAUCGGCUGUAAAUAAUACAUGCAACAUAUACAUUGAAAUCACCAGAGAGGAUUGGUUGACUCAAGGUGGCUCAUGGUGGAUUAUGCCGAUGUGAUUCCUGCCACUGACAGUUAGAGACCCACUGGGCACAGACGUCAAUUAAACGUAUAUUCCACGUUGGUUCCACGUCAUUACAUUGAAAUGACAUGGAAACAACAUUGAUUCAACAUGUGUGUGCCCAGUGGGGAGUUUAAUUUAAUUGGUUUAUACACACAUAUUCCGAGGCUAUAUUUAGCCUCAUCAAAGUAUUUGUGGUAGCUGCUUUGUGUUUACAGAGCCCUUCCACCCGGCUCAGCCUCCCUGUGCUAUUUCUGCUAAGUAAACAAGUUGAGCCUGACUUCAAAUAGGGGAAUAAAUGCUUCCCAAAGCACUAAUUCUGUUAUCAUAGCUUAAGGCAUCAGUGGCAUUCGCAUGCAAACCCUGUGAAAUUCAAUUCAGCCAAGUUCAAAUGAUGGAAAAAAGGCCACAGAAUACAUGCUUUUGUUCCUCUGUGGCAAUAUUUGUGUUUCUGUGAGCAGGCCGUGGUGACCUCGCCAUUGGCAGAGCGCAAUUAUUCAGCAACAGGAAGUGAGUGGAUGAGGUGGUGGACAGACAUAGAGACAGACAGAGAGACACAGUGAAAGGCAGCAUUGUGUUGCUUUCACACUGAUCCGUCCCAAUGCACUAGCCCUCAAACAGCCAUGGGAAUCGGAGAGCUACAAGACGUGCAACUCUCACUUAAAACUAACAAGGAAGGAGGGCCUCAAAGGUCCCCUAACUACACAGUUUAAGUCCCGCCAGUCAAACGUUUCAAUGAUGCCAUAUGCUGUUUAAAACACUUCUUUGGUUCUGAUUAUAGUCCCUCGCAAUCAAUAUACAAAUUUAAAAAGAAUGCAGUGACUCAAAUUAGGUUUUGCAUUGUUUGUAGCUAUGCGCAAGCAUUCCUUGAGCUUGAAGGUGUAUUUGAUUGACCGGAGGAAGGGGUAGAUGGUUAUCUAAACAAAUAACCCUAGCUACUGUAUUGCCCCUGCUGUGAGCACUCAGGUCAAUGACAGUAUAUCCUUUAGACCAAAGCACCUCUCUCACUAAGAGGAGGUUAUAAAUGUCCACUAAUCAGGGAUGAGCUCUGUGUUUAUUUAGAAGGCUCUUAGCCAUUGGCCCAAUUAAUUUACAGCAGUAGCAGUAACAGUAGUAAUAGUAGCAGCAGUAGUAGUAGUAGCAGUAGCAAUAGUAGCAGUAGUAGCAGUAGUAGUAGCAGUAGUAGUAGUAGCGGUAGUAGUAGUAGUAGUAGUAGUAGUAGUAGUAGUAGUAGUAGUAGUAGUAGUAGUAAUAGUAGUAGCAGUAGCAGUAGUAGUAGUAGUAGUAGUAGUAGUAGUAGUAGUGGUAGCAGUAGUAGCAGUAGUAGUAGUAGUAGUAGUGGUAGCAGUAGUAGUAGUAGUAGCAGUAGUAGUAGUAGUAGUAGCGGUUUAGUAGCGUUAGUAGUAGUGUAGUAAGUGGUAGCAGUAGUAGUGAGUAGUGUAGCAGUAGUAGUAGUAGUAGUAAUAGUAGCGUAGUAGGUAGGAGCAAUAGAGCAGUAGUAGCUAGUAGUAGUAGCGUAGCAUAGUGUAGCAAGUACAGUAGCGCAGUAGGUAGUAGUUAGUAGUAGUAGUAGUGGGUAACAGCAAUAGUAAUAGUAAGUAGUUUGUAGGGUAGUAAAGGGAGGUAGUUAUAGUGGUAGCUAAAACAGUAGAUAGUAGUAGCAGUAGGUGUAGAAGCAGCAGAAGCAGCAGCAGCAGCAGUAGAAGUAGUAGCGUUAGCAUUAGUGGUAGUGGUAACAGUAGAAGCAGCAGUAGUAGUAGUAGUAGUAGUAGUAGUGUUAGCAUUAGCGGUAGUGGUAACAGUAGAAGCAGCAGCAGUAGUAGCAGUAGUAGCAUUAGCAUUAGCGGUAGUGGUAACAGUAGAAGCAGCAGCAGUAGUAGCGUUAGCAUUAGCGGUAAUGGUAACAGUAGAAGCAGUAGCAGUAGUAGCGUUAGCAUUAGCGGUAGUGGUAACAGUAGAAGCAGCAGCAGUAGUAGCAGUAGUAGCAUUAGCAUUAGCGGUAGUGGUAACAGUAGAAGCAGCAGCAGUAGUAGCAUUAGCAUUAGCGGUAGUGGUAACAGUAGAAGCAGCAGCAGUAGUAGCAUUAGCAUUAGCGGUAGUGGUAACAGUAGAAGCAGUAGCAGUAGUAGCGUUAGCAUUAGCGGUAGUGGUAACAGUAGAAGCAGCAGCAGUAGUAGCGUUAGCAUUAGCGGUAGUGGUAACAGUAGAAGCAGCAGCAGUAGUAGCAGUAGUAGCGUUAGCAUUAGCGGUAGUGGUAACAGUAGAAGCAGCAGCAGUAGUAGCGUUAGCAUUAGCGGUAGUGGUAACAUUAGAAGCAGCAGCAGUAGCAGUAGUGCUAGCAGUAGCAGCACCAGUAAUGGUAGGAAUAACAGUAGCACUAUGGACUAUGGCGCAGGAUUGUUUUGCAAGGUUGGUAUUUUGUAAGGUUUUACCUGCAACAAUAGGGGCCACUAAUCACUAAUGGACAUUUACAAGAGAGGAUGGUUUAAAAAGAGUGAGGUUUAAAAAGCGUUGCCUAAUACCAGGAUAAAAAGGCUAAUUCUCUGCCGGAGAGAUAUUUAUACCAGGCCUACAUUCUUAAGCCAAAGUGUUUGCGCUAUCUUACCAGCUGUCAAGGGUUAAGGUGUUUAAGUGAUUGCUCCACUUUCUGUUGUCUAACAAAUAAAGCUUGAAUAGAUGUUGAGACAUGAAAACCCGUAGUGGCGCCUCAUAGUGCUGUCUGGGGCAUGCUCUUGAGGAGCCAGCACCAGCAACUGCAUUCUCUGUGUAGCCUUAUUUAUGGGGAAAUUAAGUGUUAUGUUGGAUGAAUUUGACUUGUGCUGCUUUGCACAGAACACUCUACUCUCUACUGGCUAGGUCAAACUCAUAAUAAAACGUAAUGAUGAAUUGUAAAAUAAUCAUUCAUCUGUCUGUUGAGCAUUAGAACUAAAUCACCUCUGAUGCUGUACCUCUCUGCAGCUGCUGUCCAAGUCCAUCGAGCAGCUCCGUCAGCCCAGCUCCCUGGUCAACCCACACCUGCAGGAGUCAGAGGAGGAGGAGGAGGACAACACUCGGAGGAUGGAGGAUGAGAGGAUGGACAUGCAGGAGGACGGGAUGCCCCCUGGUGGCGUGAUCCAGAAACACACCCGGAGCUCCAGCAGCAGCAGUGGCAGCAACGGCUUUCUCGGGGAGCUGUCCUCCAUCGUAGAGGCCCACCACCGCCUGGGGGUCAUAAAGGUCAAAGAGGAGCCAAUCGACAGCGAGGACGAAUCCCUGUCCCUGUCCAAUCAGAGCCUAGCGGCGGAGCAGAGUUCCUCACUCCACCAGGUCAAAGGUCAGCUGGUGAUAAGAGCUAUGAUCUGA